AUGCAGAAGAAGUACUGUUGGGAGAUAAGGAGGUACAAUGGAAGUCAUACUUGUACCAGGUCUACUAUUUCUCAAGACCAUUCGAAGCUGGAUUCCAAGACAGUUGCAGAAGCAAUAAAGCCGUUGGUAGAGGUUGACCCGUCUAUAAAGGUGAAAUCAGUAAUUGCUGAUAUCCAGUCAAAGUUUAACUACACCAUCAGUUAUCGCAAGGCUUGGUUAGCAAAGCAGCAGGCGGUCGAAUCAAUUUUUGGAAGUUGGGAAGCAUCGUAUGAAGCUUUGCCGAUAUGGUUUGAGGCCAUGUGCCACAAAGAGCCAUCAGCAGUGGUUCACUUUGAAACAAUGCCAGCUUACCAGGGGGAUGAUUUGGUUCUUGAUAUACGUGUUCUACAUAGAGUCUUCUGGAGUUAUUACCCCUGUAUAAGGGCCUUCAGACACUGCAAGCCAGUGGUGCAGGUGGACGGGACUCAUUUGUAUGGAAAAUACAAGGGUUGUUUAUUGGUUGCAGUGUCACAAGAUGGUAAUAACAACAUCGUGCCUAUUGCAUUUGCCAUAGUGGAGGGAGAGACUUCUGAUGCAUGGCACUUUUUUCUGAGCAACCUGCGUCAACAUGUGGUGACCCGUGAUGGUGUCGGACUAAUCUCCGAUCGACACGAUUCGAUUAGGUCAGCUAUUGAACGAAGUAAUGGGGCGUGGUCUCCUCCAAGAGCUUUCCAUAUGUUUUGUAUCAGGCAUAUUGAGUCCAACUUCUUGAGGAAGUUCAAAGCACCUUACCUGCAGAAGCUUAUCGUCAACAUUGGAUAUUCAAGGACGACCAGGGAGUACCAGAUGCGCUAUGAACGAUUAAAGGAACGGGGUGAGGCUUACACCAAUUGGCUUGAUCGGAUCCCUCGUGAGCAGUAUGCUUUGGCAUCUGAUGGUGGUUACCGAUGGGGUCAUAUGACCACCAAUCUUGUGGAAUGUAUCAACUCCGUCUUAAAGGGUGCACGCAAUCUCCCAGUCACUGCACUUGUUAAGGCGACAUUUUACAGGCUGAAUGAGUUGUUCACUAGGAAAAGAGCUGAGGCUGAAGCCCGAAUCAGUGCUGGACUUGUAUUCUCUGAGAUGGUGACAACCAAUCUGAAUGCAAAUCAACGAGCAUCAGGUAACAUACAGGUUAGCUGUUUUGAUAGAGAAAAUGAAGUCUUCGAAGUACGCGAGAUGCCUAGUGGGGUUGAGUAUGCAGUUGACCUGCGCCACUAUCGGUGUGACUGUGGUGAAUUUCAGGUUGACCGAAUUCCGUGUAGGCACGUGUUUGCGUGUUGUGCAAAUCAGAGGUUGGAUUGGAAAGUGUUCGUUAAUGACGUUUACAAGAUGGACCAAAUUCGAAGAGUAUACAGGGCUAGGUUUCGACCACUGGGAAAUCCGGCAACGUGGCCUGCUUAUCAUGGACCUAGAUUCGUUGGAAACCCGUUCCUCAGACGGGUAGCCAAGGGCCGGCCGAAGAUGACCCGCUUCUUGAAUGAGAUGGACACUCAUAUGUUGCGUCGCCCGAGGCGAUGCAAGCAAUGCGGUGCCGAGGGCCAUAGUCGUAGUAGAUGUCGUCUGGCUUGA